AUGAAUGCCGUUAUGGGGACCAUGGACUUCAGUGCCCGUCAGUGUAUUCAGUCAAAGGACAAGUUCUGGAGCGGUGACCCUGUAGAGACGAUUAAAACUACAUUACAGGUAACUCGGUCCCGGCACCCUACUCCAGAAGUAACACCUGGAAGGAGGGGAUCUUCUGUAUGUUCUACGGGUAAUGGAGCCCAGGGUAUGAGAACUCCUGCCGGAACCCCUAGGAAUGGUGCUCGGGAAAGAUGGGAACUCUCAUCAUAUGAUCAAAAGGACAUCUUCGGUAACGAGACACCAAAGACGAAAAGCCCAAAGCGCCGACACACCGAUUCGGCCGAAUCUGUGUCAUUUGACGUCAGAAGGAAGUUACAUGAUGCCGCCUUCUUCAUCUCGGAGCAGAAACUUCCUGAGUUGGCAGCUCUUCAGAAGGAGAUCGACGAUCGUCGCAAGGAACGCAAUAAGCAUGGCCUGGUUAUCAAGAGUAAGAAAGAAGAGCUAGAGAGGUGUCAGACCAAGCGAGCGUCGCAAGUCAGGGUGCCUGAUAUGAUCGAUACAGAGGUCUCGAAACUCGGCGACGACAUCGCAGCUGGUGAGAAGGCAGCUGGAGAAGAGCUCGCAGUACUCCCUCCCCCCACGAUUCCCCAUGCCGCAGUCCCUGCCAGAAAUAUAUAGAGAACGCUUUGGGAAGAACAUCAGACCGCAGAAGCAGAGGCACGAGGAUUUCAGUAUAAAGGGCACGGCGAUCCAGAUGUUACAGUCAGCGGAAGAAGAUUGUACUAUACGUGAAAAGGAAGUAGAGCAGGCUGAGAAUGAGAUGAAGGUGAUUGAGGAGGGGGUGAAGACGGCGUAUAUGAAGAAGGAGUUUACGGCGAUGCAGGAAGACAUUUGAAGGAUCACCAGGCUCUUCUAUCGCGGUUUGAGGGCGAUGAAUUGGAGAAGUAGUUCGCUAAGGGGCCAGACAAUAUGUAAUGGUUGGCGGAUGUUUGGGUUUGGUUAGAGACUUUUUUACAUCGCACACAAGUCUCGGCAGAUGCAUUUGUUUGGUAGGUGUUGGUCAUUGUGUCUCAGG